CGGAGACGCAUUUCCUCCGUUAGCGCCAUUGGCCUGCGCUCUUGCUCGGCGCGUCUUAAAAGCUCUCCGCCGCCGGCCAGGCCUUCCACAGCGCUGCAGAGAAGAGAUCGGGGCAACCCCGAGGCAGACAUGGCGUUGCCGGCCUCCAGCUUGCCUUCGUUCGCCUCUUUCCGCAAGGACAGCCGCCCGGCUUCCCAACAAUGGUCCUGCGGCUUGGAAGCUGCGAUGCCGCUCAGCCACUGCCCUUUGCCGGACCUGAGGUCGAGGAUGGAGGGUGUCGCCCCGAUCAGGGACGAAGAGCUGAGCACCGUCUUGGAUCUGGUCCUCUCCAUGGGCAGCAGCGACAACAGCCUCCUCUCGGACAUGCCUCGGGGAGAUUACGCCAGACCGGACGAUUAUUUCGGCAUCAGUUCGGCGGCUGGAUACUACAGUCCGUUAGACACUCGCACGCCGACUCCCUACAGCCCCGUUUUCCCUUCCGAAUCGGAACCCUCCGACCUGGAAGGAGGGAAUUACGCCCACGGGCGUUUCUUCGUGGACUUUGGUCCCUUCGUGGACAAUGUUAAACCGGAGCCCGAAGUGGACGCUUACGAGCCUCUGCCAGGCCUGGGCUCCCAGGUUUGCCCCAACAUCAAGCGGGAGAACACGCCAGCCCCCUGUAUGCUGUCUGGCUCUCCCCAGCUGCCUUGUGCAGAGACCCCCCCCAUGAGCCCUGACGACCUGCUGAUGGCCACCAAGCGCCACGGACAGCUGAUGCCUCUCUCCCAGCAGGGCUACCACCCAGCCUUUCCACAGCCUCAGUACCCCCAGAGACCCUCCCCUUAUGGACUCUUUGACGAGAGCCUCCCCUGUCAGGCCUCGGCCUCCAGGGCCCUUCUCACUCCACCUGCCUCACCCCUGGAAAUGCUGGAAACCAAAACCAAGAGGGGACGCCGCUCUUCGUCCCGCAAACGGAGCGCCACGCACACUUGCACUUACGCUGGCUGUGGAAAAACCUACACCAAGAGCUCCCACCUGAAGGCACAUCUUCGAACUCACACAGGUGAGAAACCCUACCACUGCAACUGGGAAGGGUGCGGAUGGAAGUUUGCUCGCUCAGAUGAACUGACCCGCCAUUAUCGGAAACAUACUGGGCAUCGUCCAUUUGAGUGCCAUCUGUGUGACCGGACCUUCUCCCGUUCUGACCAUCUGGCAUUGCACAUGAAGAGACACAUGUAGCUUUCUCACGCCUGUGAUGUGACCUGAAGAACUCUGGGGAUGGGGGGGAAAUCUUGUAGCUGGUACUACUAUGUCUGUCUACACAGAGAAAAGACUUGGAGUGAACCCUGACCCGAGGAAGCCCAGCCGUUCCAGUGCUUCCUGAAGAGGCCAAGAACCUGACUGACUGUUCUUUUGUCAUGGAAGAACGGGACUUAUUUAUAGGAUGGAGAAGAGACCAAACUGGGUGACUGCAGCCCUGAGAUCCGAAGGCAACUAUAGCACUUGGAAGAACUGCAAUGUCUGCCAUGAAUAACAUGUGGACGAGUACAUAUUCAGCCUCACAAGCAAAUUUAGAUUAGUUAACCCAAUAAUUUUUACAAUUUGCUAUUUAUGGCUGUGAAAUCUGGACUCCCCAAAAAAAAAAAAGGCAGAUAAAAGUAUGGACGUUUUUAAACUGUGGUGCUGGAGGUGACUAUUAUGCAUCCCAUGCGCACAAAAAUACCAAAAAACAAAAAACAAACAAACCCAAAGUCCUUGACCGACCCUCACCAAAAAUAUUACUUGAAGCCAAAAUCGAGGUUGUCAUACUUUGGUCAUCAGAGCUGACUCACUCGAAAAGUCAAUUGCGCUGAGAGUGAUUGGCAAAAAAAAAAAAGGAGGAGGCUGCCCCAGCACCUGCUGGCUGGCUACUAUAAAAGAUGACUGAGAUGGCCGUGGCAGACCUGAAGAAUGCAGUGCAAAACAAAGUGAUCCACAGAUCACUUCUGGCCGAGGGUCGAAAACAACUGAAUGGCUGAUGACAGAGAAGAGACAAAGGGGUGGCUAUAUGUAAAUAACUGACCAUGCCCCAAACAUAAGCUGUAUUUGAGGACUGUAAGAGGUUUACUGCAACCUAAAAAAAAACUUAUUUUCUGAGACAGGAGGUUCUCACUGAGAACAUGCCAAAUCUAUGCCGUACACUCAAAAGUGUGCACUCAAGGUGCCUUAAACUAUACUAGAACUACUGGGUUACAGGUCCUGUAAAUAAACUUGUCUUUGGACCGGAAUUGUAUAAAUAUUGUAAAUAGUUCUAUACUGAAGUUGACUAUAAACAGGAGAUAAAAUAGGUUUUAUUUCCCCUCUGCCUAUUCUUUUGUUUUAAAUAAAUGUUUUCUGAAAAGUUGUUAAAAAAAAAAGACCUUUUCUAAAAUAAAGCAUUUGCAUUUA